UGCACCAAAAGGCGGGUUUCGCAAAAGCAGGGAAAAGGACCAAAAUGAACAUUUCAAUUUGCAAUAUAGCUUUUUGGUCUCACACCCUGUAACACCCACCUUAAUUGGAUUUAGAUCUGUAAUUGUUUCAUCUUUCCAUCUUCAAAUUAGUAGACAGUAGUUAGUCAAGUCCCACUUUCUUCCCAUCAUCUCCUCUACUUUCAACUUAUAGCUCUUUAGUCUUUACCCAGUCCUAAUUUCUUCUUCUUUCAACUUCCAUAAUUGUUUGAUCAUCAUCUUCUUCAUAAUCAAGUACAUAUUUGAGCCAAGUUUGCUAAAAAAAAACGUUUUGAAGAAAUGGGUCGUGAUGGGUUAAAAGCUGGUGUUCAAAUCAGGAAAUUUAUGAUCAUAACAAUCAGAUUGUGUUACAGAUCAGUUUGUAAUCAUCCUUUUGUUGUGGGUAUUUUGUUGUUCUUACUAUUUUUGUAUAGAUCAUUCCCUUUUUUGUUUUCUCUAUUAGUAAUGGCCUCCCCUGUACUUGUCUGUACUGCUGUUUUACUUGGAACCCUUUUGAGUUUUGGUGAACCAAUUAGUGUUCUUGCGUCUGAGGAAGAAGCGAAAACUUCUAAUGAAGUGGCACAGUUGAAAACAGGCAGGCUUGAGAACACCAUUGUUGUUGAGGAGGAUGAGUGUUUUGGUAGGGAUAGUAAAUACACAGAAUUGAAAAGAGAAAUUGUGACCAUUACUGAUGAAGAGCCGUUACUAGCAAAUGUGGAUAAAUUAGAUAAAUCGGAAAUCGAUCGUGAUGAUGUUGCUGGUAGUUCAAUGCCUAUUGAUCAUAUUUCAAGGGAGGUUAGAUUUGAGAAAGAAUGGAUUGAGGAAGAUAAGAGUGAGGUUGGGAAUACUGAAGUUGAGCAGACUUUGGACUUGGGUGAUCAAUUGUUCAAGAUGGGGGUCGGAGUUGGUUCUAGUUAUGGGGAUAUUGUUCAACCCAGUUCUUCUUCAACUCAGAAGGCACCAGAGAAUUUUGAGGAUUAUAAAUCACUUGAAGGGUCAAUUGAUGUUCGGGUGAGGGACUAUUUAGUGUCGUCUUUGGAAUUACAGAAACAAUUGGAUGAAGUUCUAGGUGACAGUUUAUAUUUAGCUCAAGAGGUUCAGCAUGAGAAUUAUGAGGAUUACAUAUCUGCUGAAGGAUCAAUUGAUGCUCAGAUAAGUGAUCAAUUAGAACCUUCACUGGCAUCAUGGAAACAGUUUGAUGAAAUUGAUGAUAGGUUAGCUGCACCUAAGGAGGUUCAAGAUGAGAGAUUUCAGGAUUAUAUGCUAGUGGAAGGAUCAUUAGAGGCUCAGAUGAGGGAUCACUUAGAAUCAUCUACGAGAUCAUGGAAACAAUUUGGCUCUGAUCACGGUAAUGAUGAUGAGUCUGAUUUUGGAUCUGAUGGAGCUGAGAGUUCCUCUCCAGAUGCUUCGAUGGCAGACAUUAUCCCCAUGCUCGAUGAGCUUCAUCCACUUCUAGAAGAUGAAAACCCACAGGCCAGUAAUCUUUCCCGUCAAAGCUCUGCUGUUAAUAUGGAAAUGUCAGCUAAAUCACCUGACAACAGCAUUCACUCGGACGAUGAAAGUGAUAAGGAGGAAGAAGCUGAUGAUGGCAGAAGUGAUGCUGAUGAUGAUAAUGAAGAGGAAAUGGAAGGUGGUGAAGGAACUCCCGCAGAAUCUGUCAUCACGUGGACAGAAGAUGACCAGAAGAAUCUUAUGGAUCUGGGGACAUCUGAAUUAGAAAGGAACCAGCGCCUGGAGAGCCUUAUUGCGAGGAGACGGGCAAGGAAGAUGACGGGUGAUAGGAAUUUGAUAGACUUGGACGGGAUGGAUCUUCCUUUUCCAGUUCAACCUAUCUCAACGAGAAGACACAAUCCUUUUGAUUUUCCUCAAGAGACUUAUGCUGACUUGGAGUUACCGCCAAUUCCUGGCUCUGCACCGUCUGUUAUGUUGGCUAGGCGAAAUCCUUUUGAUCUUCCUUAUGACUCUAGUGAAGAAAAGCCUGAUUUAACGGGAGAUAGUUUUCAGCAGGAGUUUACAGAGCUUACUCAGAGAGAGCAAUUUAACCUGAGGGAGGCAAUAUUUCGAAGAAAUGAGACAUUCAGUAUGGGUUCCUCUGGUUUCGAUUUUGGAAGGCCUAGUCGUUUUAGACCUUAUUUUGUGCCUGAAAGAACAGAUUCUGAUGUGAUGAGCUAUAUUUCUCUCCAAAGACAGUUAAGUGAGCUUAGCGAGUCCAAGGCAAGUUCUGCUGCUGAGACAGAAUCGAUUUUUGUAGGAGUAGACGAGGAAGAAAAGAAGCCAAGUGAACAUGACUCUGCUCAAGAAGUUGAACGCAUUUCUGAGAUUGAUCAGGCUUCUAUCAAACAUGGAAGACAGUCUUCUGAAGAUCUAGACUCAUUGUCAGGUGAAGAUAAGGAGAAAGAUGUGGUUCCCAGUGUGCUUGAAGUUGAGUUGGGUAGGGCAAAUUAUUCUCCUGCUGUAGCUUCCAACACAUCUGAAACUGUUGAAUCAGCUGAUAAUACACUUGAUCGUGCUUCUAUCCUUGUGAAGCAUGGAAGCCAGUCUUCUGAAGAUUUAGAUUCAUCUUCUGGUGAGGAAAAGGUUAAAGAUUUUGUUCUAAGUGUGCUUGAAGUCGAGUUAGGUAGGGCAAGUAAUUCUGCUGCUGCAGCUUCCAAAACAUCUGAAACUGUCAAAGCAGCUGAUAAUAGACAUGGUUACAAAGAAAAUAAUCCUGCGGUAGAACUGUGGCUGUCCCAUAGUGAAGCUAGCCAUAGUGACAUUCAACUGAUGACAGAAGUAGUUGAAGUGAAUCACAAUUUGAUGUCUAGUCCAUUAUCUGCGCCAAUAGCUACUGAUGAUGUAAAAAUGGAAGAUGUCGACGACAUCUUGGUGAAUAUAGAGCAAAGCCAAGUCAACAAUGUUUUGAAUGUUGAUAUACCCAUGAAGUAUUCUUUAGGGCCUUCAGUAUCAGAUGUUGCAAUUGGGUUGUCACCAGAAACAUCUAGACACGCCAGUGAAGCUGAGGUAGACGAUAAUCAUCCAAAGGAACCUGUCUAUGAUCUAAGCCCACUCAAGAAAAACCAUUCUUUGUCCUCUUCUGAUUUGCAGAGAGAAACAUCAGGGAUUGAUAUAUACCAUUUAUCAACAGAUCUGUUUGUGGGAGAAGAAUCAAAUGUACACAAUCAAGAUGUUAAUAAUGAUUCUCAGCACACAAAACAAGAUACAGAUGACAAUGGCUUGACAGUGAAUAAUAUUGGUGAAGGUAGUGAGCGUCACAUCACUAAGCUGUUCUCAGAGCUCAAUCAACUCUCUGGUAGUCCACAAUCGUUGAUAGUGGCUGAAGAUGAGGGUCAUUUGAGUAUGGAUGACAAAGAAUUGAACGACAAAGUUUCUCCUUAUGAAGUAGAGAAAAUUUGUGAAGAGCAAGACGGUGCUGGAGUUCAUCUUGAAAGGACGCUAGAUAAUAAUAAAAGCUUAGAAGAUCUGCCUUCUGCUGAUGAAUAUGAGUUUGCGAAAGAUUUUGCUUCAAGUCAAGAGAAAAAAGAAGUUGUGCUGGAAGAUGAUCUUUUUCCUAUCCACUCCAUUUCGUCUUGUUCUCAGGUCGAGUUAACGGAAGAUAUUGGAAAGAAAAUGGAAGUAAAUCAGCAAUUUGAGGUACCUAGUUCCAGUUUGAUGAGUCAUGAGAAUGAAGGGAAUGACAAGCUGCUUAUUCCGCUGGAUGAAAAUCGUUCUCAUCCUCAUGAUUCUGACACCCAUGACCCCUUGGCUGAUCUUGCAGAGCAGGAACGAUCCAUCAUUUCUAGGAAGCUUGAGGAGGUUGAAGAAGUGAACACAGUUGGUGAACCUGUAAAUGUUCCGAUUGCUCAAGAGCCUCAACUGGAGAAUAUGUCUGAUCCAGGUCAAAGCCAUGCAUAUUCCUCCCAACCUGAGGAUUCUGAAACAGUUACAAUUGCAGAGCUGGCUACGAAGGAGCAUGUUCAAGGUAUACUUGAAAACAGACAUGCGUAUAUAAUCGAAAAAGAUCCUGAGAUUUCUGAAGGGUUUCAAGAAUCUGUAGAUGAUAAAGAAAUCAUGAAUGACGAGAGAAGUGAUGUCAAGAAGAUCGAUGAAGCAUUGCUUUCUGAGCUGGAUGCUAUUGGUGACUUCAGAAUGUCAGACAUGUUAGCAAACUUGGAGAACAGUAUGAUUUAUCCAAAUAAUGCAACUGAUUCUGAUAUUUCUGCAGAAGCUAUAUGUGAAGUCCAUUCAAGCAUUGAGACGUCAUUUGGCCGUGAUACAUUGCUUGGAGAUAGUACUUAUGUUGGAGACUUUGAAUCUGAGAGAGAAAUCAUUGGAACCAAUCUUCUCGGGAAUACAGAAUCAGACCCAGAUUCAUGUAUAGGAAACGUCGAUACUGAUUUGCUAAACAUAGAAGCUCAAUCCAUUGAGGAGCUUGAUGCUGCUUCAAAGAUGGUGGGUGAAGAUGGUCAAAAUUAUGUGGUUGCUGAGUCUGUCCAGGAUACAUUCAUGAGAGAGGAGGUAAAACCUCCUUUUCCAGAAACCGAGAUAUUGUCUGAAGAUACAGAAUCAGGGGGCUGUGCCUUCGAAGAAGCAAUACUCUCAGAUGCUGCUGCCUUAAAUAACAGGGAAUUGGUUCCAGAAAAAAAUCAAUCUGACCUUGUUUUUCGAGAGGGGCAUAGUACGGAUUCUGGCUGCAGAGAGACUGUUACACGAAUGUCAGCCUUGGAUGGCGAUUUUAUUGAACAGUUCAGCGAAGAUGUUGAGAAAGUCCAAGUAGAAGUUGGUAGAUCUGUUUCUUCUGAAGAUCUACAAACAGUAGCUGAAACUAGAGUUGGUUCUGUGGAAUCUAGGCCAUUGCAAUUGGAUAGUGGCAGUAAAGUGAUGGAAGAAUCAUCUCUUGUUGAAGCAAGCAGUUCACUAGCUCUUGAGCCCAGAAUUCAAACAGAAAGUACUGUAUCUAUGGAAUUCGAGUCCUUGCGAAUAGAUAGAGACUUCAAAGAGAUACCAGAAUCUUCUGUACAUGAUGCAAGUAAUUCACCUGCUUUUGUGUCCGGGAAUGGUAAAGAGCCUUUAGAAAUAACUGUUCUUGGAGCCAGUAUUGCACCUGCAGUUGAAUCUGAAAUUCGAAGAGAAAGAAAUACAUCUGAGGCAUUGUUGGUCGAAAGAGAGAGUAGAGAGAUACAAGAAUCUCUUCUUGUUGGAGCUGGUAUUGUAUCUGGUGUUGAGUCUAGGUAUCAUAUAGCGAAGUUUGAUUCUGAGUCAAUGCAAUCAAAUGAAGAGGUUAAAGAGACACAGGAACUGCCUGAUUAUGAAGGAAGUAUUGCUCCGGCUUUUGAGUCUGAAGAUCAAAGAGGAACAGUUGGGUCAUCUGAGCCAUUGCAGAUGGAUGGAGACAUUUAUGAGGUACAAGAAUCUCCUGCUGUCGAAGCAAGUAUUCCAUCUGCUCAUGAGCAGGAGAAGAAUGAGUCAGUGCAAUCAAAUGAAGAGGUUAAAGAGACACAGAAACUGCCUGAUUAUGAAGGAAGUAUUGCUCCGGCUUUUGAGUCUGAAGAUCAAAGAGGAAGAGUUGGGUCAUCUGAGCCAUUGCAGAUGGAUGGAGACAUUUAUGAGGUACAAGAAUCUCCUGCUGUCGAAGCAAGUAUUCCAUCUGCUCAUGAGCAGGAGAAGAAUGAGUCAGUGCAAUCAAAUGAAGAGGUUAAAGAGACACAGGAACUGCCUGAUUAUGAAGGAAGUAUUGCUCCGGCUUUUGAGUCUGAAGAUCAAAGAGGAAGAGUCGGGUCAUCUGAGCCAUUGCAGAUGGAUGGAGACAUUUAUGAGGUACAAGAAUCUCCUGCUGUCGAAGCAAGUAUUCCAUCUGCUCAUGUGCAGGAGAAGAAAGUGGUUGGAUCCGAGGAAUCCAAGCCAUUGCAAAGAGACACAGUCACGGAAGAUUUACAAGAAUGGCAUGUUGUUGAAGGAACAACUCUUGUAGAACCUGAGCCAUUGCAAACAAAUACAGAUGUAAAAGAGAUACAAAAGUCUCCUACUGCAGAAGCAUGUAUACCUGUUCUCGAAUCUAAAGAUCACAUCUUGACAGGUAAUUCUGGGGAAGCUGAACCGUUGGCAAUGGAUAGAAACAUUGGGGACUUAAAAGAAUUGCCUGCCGUCGAAGCAAGAACCACACAUGCAGUUGAUUCAGGACGUCAACUAGAAAGGGUUGGCGUUGUGGAAUCUGAACUAUUGCAGAGGGAUGGUGAUUUAGAAGAGAUUCAAGAAUCUCCUGUUCUACACACAAGUUCUGUAUCUGCCGUUGAGUCAAAAGAGCAACCAGAAGUCAAUUAACAAGUGGAAGUUGUAGAGAUCCAGGCUUUGAACAAUCAUCAACUGUACUGUGAUUCUAUCCAGCAACAAAUGAAUUUAGUGAUCGAGACAUGUCAGUAGUGCUGCUGAAAAUUUUAAUUAUACAUUGAGGUCUCACUUUCUAUCAAACUUAAGCUUCUUCAGCUCUUGUUCAAGUGGAUGCUUACGAAAAUGGCCAUUGUGCAAGAUGCAGCCUUGUUCGGUAAGUGGGUCUUCCCUAAAACAUUGCUUCAAGAUUAAUCAUGAAUGCCUACAAUUCUAUAAUAGCGUGGUUGGCUGGUAAUGCGGUGUCGUUUGAGUUACUCGAGGUGGCUGCUUUUUUGGAGAAAUAGCAGUUUCAUUGUUGGCCCAUUUUGUUCGGCUUUUUUUCUUUCCAGAAAGUUUGAGGUUUUUUUUUUAUGUAUUCUUUAGGAAUGAAUCUUGUGCUCUAUGUUCUAAAUGUUGUAAAUUAUAUGCAUUUAUGUCACUAAUCUGUGACAAUUGCAUUGUUGGGAGUUUGAGAGUUGUAUUUUUCAGUAUGGAGCUGAAAGUUGUGGUAUGACUGACACUGUGUGUAUAGUGUGUCUCUUGAGAGUUGCAAGGCUAACUUUUUCAAGCCUUCUGUUCUCUACCGUACAUUGUGUUCUGGAAUGAAAACUGAUUUUGAAGUGUGUCA